GGAGCGCCGGCGCGGCUAGUUGACCGCAGAGCCGCCGCGAUCGGGAUGUACUCGUAAACAAUGCACAUACCGACAGUACUCGCGUUGGUAGUGCUCCAGUGUGCGCGCUGCCCCAGCAUCCGAGUGCCCGUGGACUGGACCCCCGACAGUGAAGUGAAUACAAGCGAACAGUUACCGAACACGGUCAAACAUGACAACCAUAAGCUCAUACCGAACGAAUAUUUUCAUUACCCGGCGAAAAAACCCCAAUUUGUUGUUGACAUAGCAAAAUCUCACGGCGUUCAGUCCCCUGAAAGUCUUUUUAAACCGCAACCUGUUAAACCUCAUACGGGACUUCCGACACCACAAUUAGGGAAGCAUCGUAUUCAGCCGGAAAGAAUCAUCGCUCCUUACAGAGGAUUUGUUCAAAAUGCUGGUGGAUCUAAUUACGCUAAACCUGCUACUACGUCCUUUGAAGUUUUCCACCCUUACAAAGCUGAAGAACCGGCACUACAGCAGCUGUACAAAGAUCCGAAUCUUGAUAAAAUAAGAAAUAACUUACGUGAUGCCAAUCAGAAGUUACAGCAGUAUCACAAUGAGGCAGGACAGACAGAUGUUAAAAAAGGUGAAUACUUAGAAAGUCCAGAGCAAACUGAUCGUAAAAAAGUUCCCCAUAAGAAUGUACCGACACAAUUUGAAGUGCACAGACCUCAACGUCGACCUGUUUAUUACAGAUAUCCCUCGAAACAAAAUUUUAGAGAGAAUCUUGUAAAUCAAAAAUUGAGGGAUCCUUGGAGACAGAACAUUGCCAAAGUUACUCCAAUUCACUAUCGUCCAAUAAAACAUCAUUUGCAUGGAUUAAGACAACAGCAUGCAUUAAAGUUUGACGAUGAACGUAAUGAAUAUCCUCAACUUCCUCCCAAAGACGAUGAAGAGGAAUCUGAAGGUUAUGAUAUAUACCAAAAAGGUAAAGAAAGAUUUGUACAACUAAGGAACAAUGUUGAUGAUACUAUAAACAAAGUUGUGCAAGAAAAUAGACCCCAACCCAGCCGAAAUGUAGAACAAUUUAGCGAUGAACAAGACGAUGAUGACACGACGAGUAAAGAAGAAGAUGAAAAUGAUUUUGUUCCUAUAAAGAAUUAUGCACAAGUGAGAAAGACUGAAAUAACCAAACACCUUCCAAAAGAAGCUGCACUUCAUGAUGCUGAGAGUUAUGAAGAAAUUCAAAACGCACCUCGUUUAAGAGAAGCUAUCAAAAGUAAAAAAGCACAAAUCGUAUAUUCUGAAGAAGGUUAUGAAGAUACGGCUUACGAUCAUGCGGGUGAACAAAAACAUGCAUCAGAUCAUGAAAAUCAUGGAGGAUAUUUAAAAGAAAAUGCAGAAAGCAAGGGUAAAUAUAAAACACCAACAUUAUUUACAAAGCAUGGAACAAAAGAACAUUCAAAGCAUGGAAACCAAAUAGAGCACGAUGAGAAAUGGGACAACGACAUAAAACAAAAUGAAGACGAGGACGAGGAUGAAUAUUAUGAAUCUGAAGAAGGAGAGUCUGAUGUCAAUGAUAUAAACGAAGAAAGCGACGAAAACAGCCGAAAUAAAAGAAACAGUGAACAUAUUAUUCCAAUUCCUGAUAUUAAAACAAGCGAUAACCCCAAAACCAUUGAACCUGUUAGUACAAGAGAAGUACAGGGGGUAAUCAAAGGCGAAUCUAAAAAUACAAUUAUCAAAGAAGAAAAAGAUCAAAUUUCUAGUAAAUUGAAGGACAAAUACCCAUAUUACUUCCAAAACAUUAAGUUGUUAAGCAAAAAUUCUCCGCUACGUUACGCUGAAAACUUUAAACAUAUUCCAAAAAAGUCAAGUUAUGGUUCAGAGUUUUAUGAUUCCAGAUCAGAGCUUGAAUGUCCAGAAGUAGAAGAUGAUGUCGAUGCUAUACCAGAAAAACUUAAAAAAGAUGGUCAUCCAGAUGAAAGUCUCGAAAAUUUAGAUGAAAAAGCUAAGGAUAAAGCUAAGUUUAGUACUUUGAAAAACAAACAAAGACUAAAAGGACUUGGUGACAAAAUUGAUUGCUUCAAAGUCAAAUAUUUUGGAGAAAAUCCAUUGGAUAAUCCAUUCUUUGGUGAAGAUACUAUCGAAAACCCUGAACCCGUAACUAAACCGAAUUCAGAAGUAUUUGAAAAUAAACAAAAAUAUAAAUUUACUGAAGAUAAUUCAUCAAAACAGAGCUCCAAUAUAUAUAAUGUACUAAAUAAGUUACGCAAUAAUCAAAAUUAUAAAUCACCUAAUAAAUCAGUGAUUUCAGAUUCUAAUGUAACAUUAUCUAGACCACAUUUAAACAAUAUAGGAUUUGUCCGAAUUCGCAAAAAAAGAGCAACACCUUUUACAUAUGAACCUUAUAAAAUAAUAAGAGACAGUCAAGUACCAGACUCCAAAAAAACUACAACUACUGGAAAUAUUAGUCCUUUAAUUAAACAACUUCAACAAAGUAGAGUAAUUGACAAAGUCACUAUAAAUCAAGAUAAAGAUCAGACACAGAAAAAAAAUAAUACUAAAGUUUACAAAAACAUCGGAAAAACUGAUCGACAAGAAAACAAAAAUUACAAUAAUAGUAACGAGCCGUUGGUUGCAAGCUUUGUUGAUGUUAAUUCUGAUUUGCGUAAGGUAGAACCCCGGUACGAAAUAAGGCCAGCAAAUCAUAAACCUCAAUAUACUCCUGUAGAAAAUAAAAAAGCUAUAUCCCUUAGUGACUAUAAAGCACAACAAGGAAAUUUAGAAACAACAACCCCAGCUCAACUAAAACGAGCCAAAAGACGAAAACCUACUAUGAGGCCCUAUUUUGAUGUUUCACAAUAUCUACCAAAAAGUUUAGAUACUCAAUAUACUGCCGCAUCUAAUACAGUAAGAAGAAUUAUUCGAACAACUACAAUAGUUCCAACAACAGAGCGAGUAAAGAGACAUAAAAUUAGACAAAGUAAUAAUAACGAGAAAGAACACAAUGAAUACAACGAUAAAGAUAAAUUAAAAACCUCGACAACUACAUCGGUUACGCCACAAAUAAUAAAACAAACUAGAGGUACUACGACUACAUCCAAAACAAUAGAAAUAGAAAAAGUUACUGAAUCACCUAAACUUCGUCUUGUCACCAGGUUUCGUGAUUAUGAUCCUAAUGAGAAAACUCUAACAAGCUAUGACACUACAGAAAAUCCAUCUAAAUCUUACGAUAACGAGCGUAUCUCUCCAAAGUAUACAGAAAAGAAAAGAAAAUCUACUAAAAGCACUUUGGUCACUGAUACAAAAAGUUAUGGAGAAGGAGAUGAAGAGGAUAUCAGGAAAGAAGAAGUUGACGACUUAAUUGGUGUUAAACAUGAUACCGAUGAAUACAUACCCCUAUAUGAAAGAGUAGUAAAUAAAAUCAAUCGUAUGAAAGAGGAAGACUUGAAUAAAAAAAGAGAACAUACUUAUGACAGCGAAGUUUAUGGUGAUAGUGAUGAUAAGUUCCACUUUGGUGAUGAUGAUGAUGAUGAUGACGAGGAAGAGGAAGAUGAUGAGGAUACUAACGAUGACGACGAUGACGAUGAAGAAGAAGAAGAAAAUGGCGAGAAAGAAGAAAAAGAGAAAGAAAGUGACAUACACCACAAAGAAAGCAGUUUAGAGCUUACUACUUCGGAACCAACCAAGAGGACGUUAGCAAAAACAACUGAAGCUCCUGCAACAACAACUGAAUCUCGCAGUGCAAAAAUACAAUUAAAACCAACUAUUUCAAAAAAGAAAGUAGAAAUACAUAAAGAAUUGCCAGUCAAUAAAUCAUCUCCACAUGUUACACAGUUUAAACAAGACAUUAAAGAAUUUGAAAUAAUUAAGGAAUUAAAACCAAAGCUUAAACAGAAAAGUAACAAAAACACAGAAGCUCUUGAUUUAUUUAGAGAUGAAAAACUAGCUGAAGAAGUUAAUAAAUUAGGUGACGUUGAAGUUUUUAGAGAAAACUUGGAUCUUACAUCGGGACCAAAACAUGGUGGGAACUACAGAAGUAUAACACCAGAAGAUUUAGAAAAAGAAAGCCGUGGCUCUAAAAAUGCAGACGAUGUUGCAACGUCACAGACUGAAACAAAGAAGUUUAUAGAAGUAAAUAAAGACAUACCUUCAAGAAGGCGCGGCAAUAGCCAAGUAAGAAAUACUGGAGAAAAAAGUGCCAAAUUUGUGGAACUACGAGACACUUACGAUCCAAAGCCGCGCCUGCAUGGGGGAAAUUUAAAACUUCCACAAAGCAGAGGUCAAAGUCGUAAUAGUAAGAGUGAAAGAUAUGUAGACAUUGAUGAUGACGAUAAUGAGGAGCCUUCAAGCAUGCACGGUGGUAAUUUUAAAUCAUAUGGGAAUAGCAGAAAUUCUGGGCGACAAAUGCAUGGUGGGAACUAUAGAAGUGCAAAAUUAGUUCAACCCGAAAAAAGUGAAGAAAAACCAACUCAAUCUCGUGGGAAAUCAAGAAAUAGGGGUAAUGCAGCAACUUCAUUAAACGGAUACGCUCGAGCGGUUCCAAUUCUAACGACGACUCCUGCAUAUAUCUUAGAUCCUAGUAAACGUAUGUACUACUAUGUCGAUGCCUAGAACAGAUUAAUAUUUAUUUAAAUCUGUAAAUAGACUUUAAGAAACAGAAACUAGAAAGUGCCACAAAUAAACUUCUUAUCUCUUUCGCGUUGAAAUAUGUGAAAGUGUAUUAUUUUUAAUAGUAUAUUUAAGAGGUUACAAUAUUGUGUCGUAUUCUGAUAGUGUUAGUUAUUAUUAUUUUAAUUAAAGAGUAUUAAUUUUAAGGAUCUGUGAUAAAUGUACUGUUAAAAUUUAUACUUUUAUGCAUAAAAAUAUUUAUAUUGUUGAAUUAAUAAAGUUC